GGCAAACGAGCGACAAGCAUAGCGCGCGUCGCAUCACUGAGUGAAUUAAUUCGCGGAUCGAAUAAAAACUUUUUGUAACUAGAACGAUUCGGUUUUCAAAAGUCGAACCCGAUUUUUAAAGUGUGUGAGGAAUACAGUUUUUUUUUGUUUGUUCAAGUGUUCUUUUUAUGAAAUAUUGUUUUUUUUUUUUGUGAAGUGUUUUGUGUGAGGUUUUAGCUGUGUCAAGGUAGCUGUUUAAAGAGGUACACAAACCUUCAUGGUGUGACACAGUUCCCGCUGGCCACCACACCCUCGAGAAUAGGAGAAUCUACGUUAACUAGGUCACUAUGGCAGUAACCACCUGAAGGCGAGCGGGCGAUGCGCCGCGCGGCGGCGAGCGCGCGCGGUGCGACGCGCGUAAUAUGCGCUCAUUGAAUGAAACAGCGUGCCAGGCGCUGUUGGAAGAUGUUAGAUGGGACGAACCCGUCAGCCUCGUCAGUUUAGCUAUACUGGCUCUUAUUGAUGUGCUGGUUAUUGCAGGUAACUGCCUAGUCAUAGCGGCAGUGUUGUGUUCAUCCAAGCUGCGCAGUGUCACGAACCUGUUCAUCGUGUCGCUGGCCGUCGCUGAUCUAUUGGUCGGCGUCGCCGUACUACCCUUCUCGGCUACUAGAGAAGUUUUUGAGGUAUGGAUAUUCGGAGACGUCUGGUGCUCAGUAUGGCUGGCCGUCGACGUGUGGAUGUGCACAGCUUCGAUCCUGAACCUGUGCGCCAUCUCCCUGGACCGCUACGUAGCUGUCACCAGACCUGUCAGCUAUCCUAGCAUCAUGAGUAGGAAGAGAGCUAAAGCCCUGAUUGCUGGUCUAUGGGUCUUGUCAUUCGUUAUCUGUUUCCCGCCUCUAGUUGGAUGGAAGGAUAAAAAGCCUGAAGAAGCAGACAUGAAAGACGGUUGGGUGCCCAACCCUCCCUGUGAAUGGACCUGCGAGCUGACCAACGAUGCUGGUUACGUGGUCUACUCAGCCCUCGGAUCCUUCUAUAUCCCCAUGUUUGUCAUGCUGUUCUUCUAUUGGAGGAUAUACAAAGCUGCUGUCAGAACUACUAAGGCUAUCAAUCAGGGUUUUAGGACUACAAAAGCUUGUUCUCAAUUUGCAGGCAAAGGUAUGGGUAGUCGUUUCGAUGACAACCGGCUAACACUCCGAAUACAUAGGGGUCGAGGGUCUAACAGGCCCCAUGGGUCUCCACUGUCAAAUGCUUCCAACCACUCAACUAGCACUUCUCUUAGCGCUUCUCCUGAAAGAUUACGAAGACACUCAAGUGCAAGAAGAGCUCACGAAAAAGUCAAGAUCUCCGUGAGCUACCCCUCAUCAGAGCAGAUCUGUCCUGCCCACGAAAACUCCAGGUCUUCAAGUAGAUCCCCCAGUCCUUCCCUCUAUGCCGUACAUUAUGAGAGAGAUGGGAGGGAGCUGACGGAAAGCCGGUUGAGGGUACGACCUUCUCAUCAUUUGGCGCCAGGACCUUUGUAUGAUGAGUACGAUGAUAAGCCAAGAACUACUAGGAGGAUGGGGAAGAGGAAUAUUAAGGCUCAGGUGAAACGCUUCCGCAUGGAAACCAAAGCUGCCAAGACCCUCGGCAUCAUCGUAGGAGGGUUCGUCUUCUGCUGGCUUCCAUUCUUCAGCGUGUACGUAGUGAGGGCGUUCUGUGGCGAGUGUGUCAGCCCCAUAGUCUUCUCUGUGCUGUUCUGGCUGGGGUACUGCAAUUCUGCUAUCAACCCGCUGAUUUAUGCGCUGUUUUCUAAGGACUUUAGAUUCGCAUUCAAACGCAUAAUCUGCAAGUGCUUCUGCGGCGGUGGAGGUCCGAGACGGGAGUCAGACGGCGAGGGCUCCCGGCGUCAGAACAAUCGGCCCACUCACUCUCACUCUUUAGAAGAACAUGACGCUAACAACCAUACCACUACUACGACUACCACUGCUGCAGACAGGUGACGGCAAGCUAUGCGACGGCAGAACCCACAGUUCCAGUCAACCGUCGCGUGUGUAUAGCGAAUAUCUGAAAUAACGAUAUAAUAACCGUUAAUGUAACGUAAUACAGUCUAUAAAACCUUUUUUUUAUCUGUAUAUUGUUACUAAGCGCGUCCUACUGUAGAAAAGUCAAAAUAAUUGUUAGCAUUAAAUGUGUGUAAAAAUGUAUCGUUGUAACGUAUAAAUAACUUAGUUAUUUGAUCGUUAUAAUGUAAGAAAUAGCUUAAAAGAGCUAUUUAAAAAAUAUUAUUGUGUGUACUUCAGUGUAUUUUUUUUAAAAGUGAAUUUAUUUAUUGAAAAGACUGUCAGAACUUAAUUGUACCUAAUAUUAUGUAAUAAAUGAUGUCAAAUAACCAAUAUCUUGUUAUAAUGAGGAACUUUAAAAUAUUAAGUUAGUUAAAUAAGUAGAUCUAAUUGGACUAAAGAGCGUGAUUUUCACAGAAUAUUGUAGGUAAUAUUCAUGUUUAUUUACGCUCCUAGUCGACUCUAGUAACUCCAAAAUUAAAACGCUUAUAACUGAUA